AACCCCAUUUACCCACAUACGUAUUAAUAUUAAUGAAUAUUUUACCAACACAAAUUAAUCAAUUAAGCCCUCAAUAAUUUCCUUGUAGAAUUGUCAUAUCUUAUUCUACUAAAGUCCAAUUUUAAGGAGGAGGGAUUCCUAAUUGACAACCCGUGGAACAAAAAUGUGGUUAGAAAUACUAAUACUUUUUCAGCCAUAAAUAAUUAACAUUCACUGCUCUAAUUGAUUAGCAGAAGCAAUUAAGAAGCUCAACCCCGAAAGGCAGAAAAGGUUUUCAAUUCUAAGAAGAAGAUGGGGAUAACAGGGUGCAGUGUUGGUGGGUACAUGGACGACACAAAGUUCAACAAACCUAUGCCAUGGAUUGGGAUAUACAUAGCAGCAGCUUCCCUUGCUUGUCUCAUAGCAGUAACUGUAGAUCUCAUACAUGGAAUUCGAGGCCGCAAAUUCUGGUUCCCUUGCAGAUACUUCUGCCUCAACGCUACUUCCUUGACCAUAAUCGGCGUUGCGCUUAAGCUUUCCGUUGAUCUCAACACUCCGGUGCCUCAGCGCCAUGACCAGCUCGCUAAACUCAGCAGCAGCGCCUUGAUCUGCACAAUCAUUGGUAACUCCAUGCCUUCUCUUGGUGUCACGGACAACAAAGAGACCAUGAUGAAUGUUGUGGCCAUGGGAAUACUUGUGAUCACCAUGAUUGUGAAUAUCUGCAUCCAAUUUGUUACCGGGGUUAUCUAUGUAUUCUGGGUAGAACAUGCUAUCAUCAUGCUUCUAAUGCUCAUUCUCUUGAUGACAAUGUUCUCCUCCGCAGUGGCUAUCCCGAAGAUGAAGCAUUACUUGGAGCUGAAGUAUGAGAUGAAUGAGGAGGCGCUAAAAGAAAGCGCGAACCAAGUAGAAGAAGCCGAAGCCGAAGCCAAUAAUCAAGUCAUCAACAGUCUUAGAGAAGAACUAAUGAGGUUUUGGAUGAUGGCACACACUAGCAGCCCCCAAUUUGUUGUUGGAAGGUCAGUGACGUGCACUGCAUCAGGCGCUUUCUGUCUUCUAAGUACAUUGGCGUUAGCAGAGGCUAUGCUUAGGUCUUAUUUAAUGCCAUGGUCCUUUAGAUUCUGCACUGGCCACAGUGAUUACAAAUGGUCCACCACAAUGAUUCUCAUAGUUCAGGUUGCUGCAGUGGCAAUUGGUACUAUUUCCCCUGCUUUUAGAUGGUUCACUGCCAUAAGUUAUAGAUGCCCAAUCUUGAGACAUAGAAGUACUAAGAAGAAAUUACAAGUGGAAGGAUAUUGGACUGCUAGGCUAAUUCUAAUGAAAGAAAGGCCUCUUGGUUUUCGAAUUCGGAAUAGGCAGUACAGAAAGUUAGCCCAUGAUGCAAAAGUGAUCCUGUUCAAGUUCUUGAUUAAACUGCAGAUAGGGAUUGUUCUGACGUGCAAAGCAACACAGUGUGUUUCCGUGUCCCUCAUGUGCUUUGUGUUGGCAGGUUGUAACUUUUUCAGGAAGUUAAAGUCCAAGUUUAGUCACAGUGUCUCAAGCAUUAGCAGCGGGACAGAGUCAAGGACGAAUGCGAAGUUCGAUCUGAGGCGUUUUGUUCUUCAUCUUGAAGGCGAGGAAGAGCUAGUUGGGGUGAUGAUGAAAGACAAUCGUGACGCCACUAAUCAUUGGUUUCAAGCUGGGGAAAAGAAGGAACCAAAACAUGUCAUUGAGCUAAUAGAAAAGUGUUCAAUCUUGGAAGGGUUUAAGGGAGUGGUAGCGUUUGACAGUGACCAAGUUCCUCAUUUACACUGUGCAGAACCUCCAAAUAGUUGGUCACUUCCUUUGGUAACACUAGCAAGCAUAAUAGUUGCAAUUCCAAACAUUGAUAGGUGUAAGGUGAGAAAUUUGAUAGAUGCUCUAAAUGAAGGGCUUCCCUAUGUGAAGUUCAUAGAAAACAACUUGGACAAAGAAGGAAAAUUAAUUAAAGUGAGGACAGCUGCAGAAAUCAUAUGGCUUGGAGUUGAUCUAUAUCAGAAGUGGCAUGAUGUGGAUCUUUAUAAGCUUUCCCUUCAAAGUGAGAGCCCCAAAGAGACAUUAGAGAAACUCAGUGAAGCUGCGAAAAUCCGGUAUCACAAGUUUAAAGCCAAAUAUAACCAUAUAUGCAUUAGGGUAUCACCUUCAUCAUGGCCCAUCAAGAUAUUGUCAUCUAAUUCCAUGUACAGAAUAAGCCAAGCCACUCUAUUGAAUCAUGAAUGCAUGAAAGACCAUAGUUCAGAGAGGUUGUUUGAAGCACUGAAAGGAAUGAUCUGUGAUAUAUUGGGUGCAUGUCUCACUAACUUGCCUCAUGUUAUAUCCACAAAGUGCUUGAAUAGCGCCAUUGAAGAGAGAGAGGAUAGUGUCAGAUAUUCGGUUCACGUGCUUGGUAAGACCAAGAAGAUUAUAGAAAUGCUAGAAAAAAGAGCAUUUCCUGUCUUGGAUUUUGCCAAAGGGACUAAUAUUGAAGACUGGCGUUUGAUGCAUAAGCAGAACAAGUUCUUGCCUUUUGAUCCAUGUUCACUGGAGAAUGAUACUCUAAAAGCUCCUGAAAAAUCAAGUGACUGUCGCCUAAAUAUUGAUUGAAAACUAGAGGAACUGAUGAUUUUGCAAUUUGGUAUGUAAUAGUGUGAGAAAAAGGAGGAAGAAGAUAGAAAAACAAAAAUAGAGUCCAGUCUUGUUUAUCAGUGACUUGAGAAAUAGGUUAAUGACUAAACACUUUUGCUUCCGAUUUGUGCACUGAUACCAUGUAAAACAAUCUUUGAAAAAAAUUAAAUGUAUGAAAAGAAUGGGAGUAGAUCCUCUCAAAAUUCAAUUGAAAAACUUAUUUCAUCAUGUUA